AUGCUUGGCCGCUCAAUUCACCGCCAUGCACUGCGCAAGAACCUUCCUAUUCAUCGUGUAUUCUGUUCUGCACCCAAGGAAAAAACUGUGAGUGCAGCUGUCCCAUUAGGAUCCGGUGUUGCCACCGGUACCUUAGCCGGUAUCAUCUCAGGACUCACUGGCGUUGGUGGAGGCAUUGUGCUGAUUCCGGCGAUGGCAAGAUUCACGUCCUUGCCCCAACAAGCCAUUAAUGGCACUUCUUUAGGUGCUGUAGCAAUUGCUGCAACUGUUGGUGCCUACAAUUACAUUGAAUCAGGAGCUUGCAACGUACCAUUGGCUGCAAUAGCCACACUUCCAGCUAUUAUUGGCACCAAAUACGGUGUUCAGAUUGCUCAUCGACUCACUAGCAAGAAAUUGUCAUUGAUCGUUGGCUCUGCAAUGCUCGGGUGUUCACCACUGAUUUUCCUCAAGAACAGUCCAUACAUGCCCAAGUGGAGCGACAAGCAGGAUCCAUUGGAUUUGCAGUUUUUUGUACCUCAACACAAGGAUCUUGAAGAGGCGCGUGCAAGUGAAGAUGGAAAACACUCGUCAAUUGCAGCGAUAUCGACUGCUGUGUCGGCUGAGUAUAUGGAACGCGUCAAGGCUGAUUGGAAAAGCUUUGCUUUGGUUAAUGCCAAGUACGUGGUUGCUGGUGCAGCAGCAGGCUUUAUUUCAGGAUUGUGUGGACUUGGAGGAGGUAUUCUCAUCACAUCAUACUUGACUGCUGCAAGUGACAUGCCACAAGCCACCAUCAUCGGCACUUCGUUGUUGUCUGUGGUGCCUACAGCUGCAUCGUCAACAGCUUUUAAUCUGCGAGCUAAAUCCGUUCACUUGCCGACUGCUGCACGUAUCGGUGGCUCAAUGGGCAUUGCAGUCUAUGUCACUUCCAAGUACAUUACUCACGACGUGCCUGAAGAUAUUUUGCGCGGCGUGCUAGGAACUACACUUGGUGCUGCCGCCUUCAUCAUGAUGCGUCGUGCCAUAUAG